CUGGACUGCAGUGAUAAUUUUAUUGGGUAUAUUGCGGCCAUCAAAAUGGAUUACCCAUUUUCUGGUGAAAGUGAGCUUUAUCUACAUUCAUACAUACAUAUCUAACCAUCCCAACUGGCACAAAGAUGUACCGAGAGAGGCUUAACUUAAUUAUCCCACUUGGAAUCAAUUUCCUAAUUCAGAAUAUUUUUUCUGCUGAAUUUAUUGGACUUUUCCAGGAUGAUGAGAAUGGACUUUCCCAGGAUUUUCAUUAAAGGAACUCAUCUGCUUCACAUCACUAUUUCAGGCAAGGGACACUUUUAAACACUCAAACAUCUGGAAACUGAAGUAUUCAAUCCUUUUUGACAAUCAGGAUGAAGAUCAAUAGAUGAGCAUUUUCUUAUUCAGUACAUUUAUGCUUUAAAUUUAUAAUCAAAAUCUUUGGAUAACCACAUCUUUCAGAAGGAAGUAGGCUCUUGAGAAACACUGAUGUGAUUUGGAUGAAGGCCAAAGAGAACAAGGAUCAGACAAUUAAAAACAUGGGAGAAAAGGAGGAAAUACAUUUUAUUCCACCCUGUGGGAGCAAAGACAAAUCUAGAGUUUGUCAUCCAUUUCCUCCUUUUUAAAUCAACAGUAUCUGUCUGUUGGAGCUUGAGGUCCUCUUAACUUGAACUUGAAAAUAAAUUGAGACUUAAGGAGUGUGUAACUUUUGUGUGUAACCCAUUCACCCAGGAAAAGUAACGUUUGAUGCAAUGAUGAUAAUUUUCAACGCAACUCCUGAGACUUCCUCACGAAAAAUGAGGGAGCACUACAGCAUGACAUCGGCUAAUCCAGUACUUACAACCCCCGCAAUAAUAGAAAGCAUAGUUACAACCAUGGGCUAUAUUCUUAGUGCAGGAUCUAUUUCAAUAAUCUCCACCAAUCUUCUAGUAGCCAUUGCUCUGGUCCUGCUCAUCCGCAAGAAGGGCUACCACAGUUGGUGCUUCGCCUUAAGCCUUUCUAUUGCAGACAUUCUAGUGGGUGUAGCAAUCACUGGCAUUGCCACUGAUGCUCUUGAAGGACGGACGGCCUCUAUGCAAAAGGACAUUUGUUUGUUGCGCAUGGCCUUUGUCAUAGCCCCAACUGCUGCCUCCAUCCUCACCAUGUUCUUCAUCUCGAUGGACCGCUAUGUUGCCAUUAAAUUUCCUUUGCGGUAUUCGCAACUAAUGAGCAAGAAGAUGGUUGCUGGAGGUCUGGUUCUGCUCUGGCUAAUGUCUGUAACUGUGGGUUUUUUGCCCUGCAUAGUGGAGCCAAUGCAGCAGAAACAUUAUAAGAAUGUUUGUUCGUUCUUCUCUGUCAUAGAGCCUCAUAGCAUCAUUGUAGUCUUCUGUGCUUUUUUCUUCCCCCUACUUUCUGUCUUUAUUUAUUUCUAUAUGGACAUCCUCAAAAUUGCCUGUGGCCACCAGAAGCGCAUUCAGCAAAUGGGUUCACUCUUUCUGCCGCCCGGACGUUACUGGGGUCACGUAAAAGCCCUGCGUACUGUUGCUGUUCUGGUUGGUUGCUUCACACUCUGCUGGUGCCCUUUCUUUGUGGUCAGUAUUGUGCAGGUGUUGUGUCCCACCUGUAAACUUUAUCACUUCUUGGAGAACCAUCUCUGGUUGCUGGGAAUCACAAACUCACUUAUCAAUCCUCUUGUUUAUGCCUGCUGGCAGAGGGAAGCAAGGUAUCAGAUCUGUGAGGUCUUUGCUCAUAUUAAAGACAGGUUGUGUUGUAUGACACACUCUAAGACAGCUGACAGAUGCCACACAGACCAAAUAACUGUUGGUCAGGCUGUAAGACUUCACGACAGGACACUGCCUGUCCAUUUAACUUGCAGUGAAUCUGUCACAAUUCCUGAUCAACAUACUGUAGACUGAGAAUGUCAGUUUAGGACACUGUCAAAGAUCUUCAAUAUCAGCAAUCAAAUGGCAAAUGUUCCUUAAUGGAUGUGAAGUGCAGAGUAUCUGAUCUUCUGCACAUUAAACAGAGCAGAUGUCUAUAUUUGCUUUUUGUUUCCCCUUGCACUUAACACAUGGCAUUCAAAAUAACCAGAGCACUUAGUUCUUAUCCAGUUUCCACUCGUUUGAUAUUAUCCAUUGUACAAUAAGAGACUGUAUUAGAUACAGGCUAUAUACAACAAUGUUUGAAUGUUUUUUUUCAUCCAUUAACACUUAUGAAUUUGUAACCAAUGAAGCUGUGUAUAACA